AUGGCCGAGCCCGAAGAGAUCGGCUCGUUUAUCUACAGUGCAGACCUGGACAGAGUGACCGCAGCAGACUACAAACCGAAAACACAGUACCGGUUCGGCCUCGCUGGCGACAAGUAUGACGUCGAAUUUCAGAGGAAAGACGUGAAAGAUGCGAUCCACAUCAUCACAUCCGAGAUCAAGCGCAAAGGAACAAAAACACCGUAUCUGCUGCUGCCCUUCAGGCCCCAGCAACAUGAGCCGGCCCUCAAGUCUUUCCUCAAUGACAUAUUCGACAACGGAAAAGUGGCAGAUCCAGAAAUAAUCCGCGCAGAAGUCAAGCAAGUGAGUCCCUACGUGCUGAUCAGCGCGCUCAAGUUUUUCUGGUGUCGGCUCCCGGGAAAUUGCGUGAUUGGCUGGAAGACAUACACCAAAUUCGUCACGCUUGACGAGGAGGCAGGCUUCCCCAAGCGUGCGUUUUUGGAAUUUAUGCCGAGCUGUCUUUCGUCGGGCGCGCAUGCGUCGAUCGUCUACGAUUUUUUUGACCUCAUCGUUGCACUGAUCCUCAACUCGAAGCACAACAUGCUUAGUGCGAAGAAGGUGGCCAGACUGUGUGGUCUGUGGGCGUUCCAUCCUGUGAAAAACAAACAGAGCGAGUCUCCAAGUUUUGAGAGAGGCAUGUACGAGUGGAUCCCUGCAGGCGAUGCCACCUUCCAUUUGCUGCUUUCCUUUUUGAACUCGAUGCCGCCAAAGGGCCAGAUCGAAAAGCUGCCCAAGUCAUUACAACAUAUUCUGAAAAGUACACCCUAUCCUCCACCGGCAACAACCACAUCCAGCUCGUCCUCGCGAUUUCUCCAGGAGGUACCUAUGGUCACCAUCAAGGUGAACAAUCCGUCGAAGAAUCCGGCUGAAUUGCUGGUGAGAGUCUCCAAAACCCUGAAAUUCAACGACCCGACCGUAUUCUACACAAGAGAAGACUACCUGCUACUCAAGCGGCUGUUCAAAGAUGUGGACGGGCUUAUAAGCAAGCUCUCAAGUGAGGGAAGCCGUCUUUUGGACAAUAUGUGCAUAUACGACGAAGACAUGAUCAGCGAUGGCACGGAGGGCAGCAAGCUGGCUUACAAGCUUAUUCCGGGUUGGUCGGCAGAUAUGACCUCUCCCAAGCCCGUCGAGCUGCGCGACGCCGAUUACUUCACAGCUACCGUCUCGAGGGCUACUAUAGACGACUACUUCAUAUGGACAUGGCUGGCUUCUCUGGGUAGCGAGGAAACUAGUGCCAAAAAGAAGAUGUUUGGUAAAACAUACAUCAUGGAGGUUGAGCUUGCAGAAGGCUUUAAGAAAUGGGUCAUUGUGGAAGAGCAGGACAUCGAGAGGGAUGGUUAUGAUAUUGAGAUAGAGCUCAAACGGGAGAAGCUUAAAGAUUUACAAGACAAGAUCCGGGAGGCCGAGAAGGAGGUCGAAAAGAUGAAGGUAGCCAACAGAACGAGGGUUGUGUCGGAGAGCAAAGACCUGAACGAUAUCACCAAUAAGAUGUCUGAGCCUCUUCCUUCCAAACCAUAUCAAACAAGCCCGUUGCCGCCUCCUCCUGUGCCAGAAAAAGACUUCCCAAGUACCCCUGAUGGGAAGGAGAACGGCUCUCCCAACCCUCCAAAUGAGCGUGGCGUCAAAGCCAAUAGCGGCAGUUCUUACUACACUGCAGUGCAGACUCCAUCACCCGUGAAAGACGACAAAAAACCGCCCCCAAUGAGACCAAUCAGCGAACAAUCACACGAGGUUGACAGUGUAGGAUAUUUGCUGCCACCUCCAACUAGUCUGCCCGAAAACAAGGCCGCGCGCACUAACAACAGACUCCCACCACCUCAGCACGACUAUUUUGCUCCACAGCCGCAGCAGACAUAUCACAAAGAACAGCCUGCUAAUGUUUUGCAAAACCCUCCCUCGUCGUUCAACCAGAAACCUCUACCUCCGGUAAAGCAGAAAGUUGUUCCGGGCUCCUUCUCACACCAGACAUUGGCACCCACCUCUGUGAAUCUUUCCCCAGAAGCGACCGUGUCUGCUACCUCAAUUUCUCCUUCUUUGGCACCGAUGGCAGCUUCGUCGCCGGCGUCAGUCUCCGUGUCCAGCUUUGAGCCGCCAAAGAUGCAGCAGCAGAAACGCAACUCCAAGAUCUUCGAUGAUAUUGAGAGUUUGGAGUCUGAGCUGAUGGAUGUCCUGAAAGAUGACGAAGAGCCAGCAGUUUCAGCGGAAUCUUCACCUGAGAAACGCACGCCACUGUCACCUCCUGUUCAGACACACGCCCCAGUGCAGACCGCCAGGCCGUCUGUUCCAAACCAGGCUAUGCAGCGAUAUUCUCACCACGGCGCUCCUUCUAUGGGCUACGGCAUCAACGCUCCUCAUCCUGCCUACGCAUCGUCGGCUCCGCGGUCUCGCUCGUCGUCUCCGCUGCGCUAUGGCCAGAGCUCGUCGCCGUCACCUGAACACGUGGCACAGUCUCCAUACGGCUCUCCAAGUCUGGAACAACGCGGCAGAAUGCCUCCUCCCAUGCAGGCAGUGCAACCAAUGCCUAUGAACUACUACCCACAAUACCCCAAAUAUCGUGCAUAUCCGGCGCCUCCACCAGGUGGCUAUGCUGUUCCACACGGUGCACCCUACGGUGGCUAUCCUCCGCCGAAUGGCUACGCUGCUGCUCCUGUUCCUCCUCAAGGCUACGCACCAGUGCCGGCUUAUGGUGGCGGCCACUAUGCCCCGGCUCCUGUGGGCCUCGCGCCUCGCCACAAGAACAAGAAUCUGAACACAAACAAAACACAGGCCCGCAAUGCUCUCAUGAAGGGCGAUUUCGGUAUAUGA